UGUUGCAAAAUGCCUGCCAAGUUUGCGCUACAUUCAACUUUCUAGAUUUGCUUUUCAAGUAGUGCCGCUUCAGAGGUUUGCUUGGAAAAAGGAAGUUCCGCUGCAUGAAAAGCUAAGCGAGGUCUAUAAUUAUCUCAAGUCAUUUAUCAGAAUAGACCGUCAUUUUCCCAAAGUGCAGUUGUGAGGAUUUUACUGAUUUUACACGCCUUGGGAUGUCCGGACUGUUUUAGAAUUGCGUGAAAAUAUAAAAACAAAAGUAUUUGAGAACUUCCACAAUUUAUGUAUUUUAAGAUGCUAGUGGAAACGUUGAGUUGAAUAAUUUUUCACGGCAGCGCUUUCAGUCCGUACGCUACAAUCUGAGGAGUGAUGGACAGAGACAUUGAAGAGCAGGACCCCCUUGCUGUAGACCCUGUUGACCGAGAUGGGAGACGGAUGGGGGAUACGGGAGGUGAUGAUGACGGGAAUAGGAAGGUUGCAUGCUGUGAGAGGUUCCAUCGCUCCAUCUCCAAGUGGAUGCUUCCGGAAGAACUCCACGAACAGUACCUGGAGCGAGCCAACUGCUGCCCCCCUCCCAUCUUCAUCAUCCUCAUCAGCAUCGGAGAGUUAGCAGUGUUUAUCUACUAUGCGGUGUGGAAGCCCCAGAAGCAGUGGGUUACCCUGGGCGAGGGCAUCUGGAACAGCCCUCUCUCCUACAAGUCUGACCGGCGGGAGGAGGCGUGGCGCUUCGUCUCCUACAUGUUUGUCCACGCUGGCGUGGAGCACAUCCUGGGCAACCUGGUGAUGCAGCUACUGCUGGGCAUCCCGUUGGAGCUGGUCCACAAAGGCUUUGAAGUGGGCAUGGUCUACAUGGCAGGCGUCCUAGCAGGCUCCCUGGCCAGCUCUAUAUUUGAUCCUCUCAGUGCUCUGGUAGGGGCCUCUGGGGGGGUAUAUGCCCUCAUAGGUGGAUACUUCAUGAAUGCUGUUGUGAACUUCAGAGAGAUGAUUCCUGUCCUUGGAGUGUUUCGUAUUGGAGUGAUUGUAAUUAUUGUCGGGACAGAUGUCGGAUUCGCCCUUUACAGAAGGUUUCUUACUCACGACGUUGGCUUGAAGGUCUCGUUUGUGGCGCACAUCGGAGGAGGGGUGGCUGGGAUGACCAUUGGCUACGUGUUCUUCAGCGCCUACAACCAGAAGCUCCUGAAGGACCCGCGCUUCUGGCUCUGCAUAGUCGGCUAUGUAGUCUUCCUCUUGUUUGCUGUGCUCUUCAACAUCUUCCUUUCCCCUGCAUAAUUCCACACUACACGAAUGAAUGUGUUUUGAAUAACGGAGAGAAGAGAUUUAAAUGGAAAGAGGGACCCCCUGUUGCUGAAGUGUAGAAUUACACACAGCACAAAUUCUCUCUGUUACAUGUUUUUUUUUGUGAUUUAGAUAAUGAUCUCUAGGUUUUGUACUGAACUCAAUAUAUCUGUUUGCUGGUGUUACAGGUCUUUUUUUCACGAUGUUUGUCCUGAUUGGUCAGUGAGGUAGGGCAUUAUUUCCCCAAGCAGGUCCUUUCCUCCAAGUUUUAGAUUGGCCUACAAGUGAGUAUUUUCAAGCCAUCAGGAGCAGUGUGACAUCUGUUGGUGACUGGAGUGUCAAUUCAUAAACAAGCCAUGACAGUGGCCCAAUGCCAGGUUAUUGUUUCACUUCCCUGUUGACAGGAUGAGACGCUGUCUGCCAAUAGUACAUGUCAAUGUAAAUCUGCUCACACAUCCUUGGCUAAGCCUCUUUCAAUGAUCAUUUAUUGAACACAUCUUUUUCAUUUGUUUUUCUCUUUAGCUUUUUCUACUUGCCAGCAGUUUGUAAUUCGUCAGUCAGUCUGUUAGUCCUUUGGGUGUUUUAGGAUGUUUGUGUACAGUGGAACAGUAGAGGGCAGCACUUUCCAUUGUAUAUUAGGCAUUUUCUAUAUCCAUUUUAAUUGUAGCAGUGUGUAUUAGUCUACAUAACCUUUUAGUAAAAUGAAAAGGCCUCAACUUAAGGCCAUUUUGGCACAUUUUUAUUGAAGAUAUCUUCAAAUUUUUCUCCUAAACUUAUUUGUGGUGAUAUUUGUUAGUUGGUAUCUGAAACCAAAUGGUGGUUCAAAAAAAUCUCUUAAGAAACCAAUACAUACUUUAGGUAUAUAUGUAAUUACAACUUUACCAUGUACUUUCCAAGUAAAUCUUAGGUAGAAAGCAUAACAUUCCAAAUGUAAAUGACUUGUUUUUUAUUUGAAGCUUUUUUUUCUCUUUUUUUU